AUGCGAUUGCUUACAUUCUUACCUUGUGUUCUGUUCCUGGUCUACGAAGCUCAAACAUGUAAAAUCACUGCGGCCGCUAUGAAAAAAAUUUUCCGAUAUGCCGCACCAGCCAAAGUCGAAGCUCUAACGAAAAACUUGAACACCAUGAAGAAACUCAAAAAACAACAGGAAAAAAUAACAGCAUGGGCGAAGAAAAAUGAGUUCAAGCCAAAUGUUAAAACCAACUCUUCAAGCCCAUACUCUAAGAAAGGGUUCGGUGCUAACACAGCAAAGAGUUUCAUGAAGCAUCGCGUUGCCGUUGGAACUUUCUUGGAAAUAGCCAGUAAGGUUCUAUCAACUGUGCUAUCGAAGGAUGAAUACGCUGCGUUGUCCCAACAAUUCUGUACUUUAGAUACUAAGUUCAACAAUGAUUUUGAAAAAGUAAUUUCGACUCUAUUGACAAGUUUCCCUGAGAAGAAGGCGAAAGAAGUUCUGACUGCUUAUGACUCAAUGCUUGCUAAAAUGAAGGGAAUGACAGGAACAGUUUUCUCGGAUCUUAACUUUGUGAUCCCAGUUUGA